ACGUCCUGGGUUGUGGAGUAGUUGCUGCCUGAGGAAGAAGACUGUUAGGAUGCCCGUGGUAAUGCGGAGGCUGAGAGAUCCUGACAUAAAUCCUUGCCUGUCGGAAUCUGAUGCUUCUAUUAGAUGCAUGAAUGAAAAUAACUAUGACAGAGAAAGAUGUUCCGUUUACUUCUUGAAGUACAAAAACUGCCAGAGAUUCUGGCAUUCUGUCAUGAUCCAGAGAAGACGGAAUGGAGUGAAUCCACCUAUGCCUACAGCAGUAGAAAGAGAUGAAAUCUUGGGAGCAAUGGGAAAGAUGCCCUAUUGA